AUGUUGAAGGCUGGACGUGCAUACCACAAGUACAAGGCCAAGAGAAACAGCUGGCCAAGAGUCAGAGGUGUGGCCAUGAAUCCCGUUGAGCAUCCCCAUGGAGGAGGUAACCAUCAACAUAUCGGUCAUCCUUCAACCGUCAGGAGAGACGCCAGCGCAGGAAAGAAGGUCGGUCUUAUCGCUGCCCGCCGUACUGGAAGAAUUCGUGGAGGAAAGCCAGUCAAGAUCACCAAGGAAGAAGCUGUUUAA